UUGACACGUGAUUGUCACAGCUGCCCAACUCCGCGAAAGUCUUUGUGCAUUCAACAGUCGAAACCUGGCAUUUUCGUGAGUAGUUUGUGCAUAAUUUAUGUUUUGAAAGGCAUUACAGUUCUGAAAGAUGUCGUCUCCUAGCAGCACAGUCGGUACUCCUAGUACAAGGAGCAAACGAGGGCGUGGCGAUGAAAGUGCCAAUGGUACCCCAAGCAAGCGAGGGCGUAGCAGUCAGAGUGACAGCCCCGAGCAUCCAGUAACGCCCAGACGCUCCGGAAGAUCCACAGCGAGUGGAACUCCCUCCAGUAAAGCUGGCACUCCUCGUCGAAGCAACCGUGGUAGCACUGCAACUUCGCCCAAAGAUAGGCCAUUGGAUUCCUCUCCAGGGGGUGAGCUGCCCCUUAUGCCCUCCUCCCCUGCCUCAGGGGAGCCUGGACAUGUUCACGAUACAUCCCUCCUCUUCUCCAGCCCUGGGGGUGGUGCUAGACCAGGAGUAAGUGAGCUUGAUAUGAGUUCUCCUUUGAACUAUGGCACUCCGAGUUCAUCCCGUCUUGGAAGCACACCAGGCCGCAGCGUUGGUACACCCAUUCGCCCAAGAAGUGAUAUCCGCAGUGACAGGAAGAUUAGACAGGUCAACCUGGGCUCAGAUCAGACGGGUGAGCCAGCUACAGAGCCUACUGGUGCAGUGACCAGUGACCAACCUGGCGGUCAGCAGAUGGUCAUCUGGGGAACCAAUGUGGUCGUCACGGAAACCAAGGAUAAAUUUCAGCGCUUCGUGGAGCGUUUCAUCGAUCACGAGGCAGAUCCAUCAGAAGGCAUCAAUCCUCAUGAACCACUGUACUUGCAGAAACUAGAAGAGAUCCAGACUCUUGAGCUGCCAUUCCUGAACGUGAACUGCAAGCACAUGAAGGAGUUCGAUACAGAGCUCUACAAUCAGCUGGUGACCUAUCCUCAGGAGGUCAUUCAGAUCUUCGACAUGGCCGCCAACGAGAUGUUCUUUGAGCGUUACCCUGAUACCAACCUAGAACACCAGGUCCAGGUCCGGACUUACAAUACAGAGAAGACCAAGAACAUGAGGUCACUCAAUCCUGAAGAUAUUGACCAGCUCAUCACCAUCACCGGUAUGGUCAUCCGUACCUCCCAGCUCAUCCCUGAGAUGCGGGAAGCCUUCUUCCGUUGCCAUGUCUGCUCCUUCUCCCAGAGCGUAGAGAUCGAUCGUGGUCGCAUCGGAGAGCCGGCCGUCUGUCGUAGCUGUCAGACCAAGUACAGCAUGGCACUCAUCCACAACAGGUCACAGUUCUCAGAUAAGCAGAUGGUCAAGCUGCAGGAAUCACCAGAUGACAUGCCUGCUGGUCAGACUCCACACACGGUCGUCCUCUACGCUCACAAUGACAUUGUGGACUACGUGUCCCCCGGUGACAGGGUGUCUGUGACCGGUAUCUACCGCGCCACGCCUCUUCGUGUUAACCCUCGUCAGAGUAACGUCAAGGCCGUCUAUAAGACCUACAUCGAUGUCAUCCAGUUCAGUAAGGAUGACGCUGACAGACUCCAUGAGAAUGUGGAUGAUAAUGAUGGCAAACAGACUUUUACAGAGGAACGCAAGGAAGAGCUUAUCAGUCUCUCCAAGACACCAGAUAUCUACAACAGACUUGCUAGAGCUCUGGCACCCAGUAUCUAUGAAAAUGAGGACAUCAAGAAAGGAAUCUUGUGCCAGCUGUUUGGAUCAUCUAAGAAAGAUUUCUCAGAAGCAGGAAGGGGGAAUUUCAGAUCGGACAUCAACAUCCUUCUCUGCGGAGACCCAGGUACCAGCAAGUCACAGCUGCUACAAUACGUGCAUAAUCUGGUCCCUAGAGGGCAGUAUACAUCAGGCAAGGGAUCCAGCGCUGUUGGUCUGACAGCUUACAUCACCAAGGAUCCAGAGACGAGACAGCUGGUUCUACAGACUGGAGCCCUGGUAUUGAGUGACAAUGGAAUCUGUUGCAUUGAUGAGUUUGACAAGAUGAAUGACAGUACACGAUCUGUUCUACAUGAAGUUAUGGAACAACAAACACUGUCCAUUGCCAAAGCUGGCAUCAUCUGUUCUCUGAAUGCUCGUACGUCCAUUCUGGCUGCAGCUAACCCUGUAGACUCACAGUGGAACCCCAAGAAGACCAUCAUUGAUAACAUCCAGCUUCCUCACACACUUCUUUCAAGGUUUGACCUCAUCUUCUUGAUGCUGGAUCCUCAGGAUGAGAUCUUUGAUCGUCGCCUUGCCAACCAUCUUGUUUCACUUUAUCACCAAGGCACUCAGGAAACAGAUGAAGAAUUCAUGGACAUGAGCCUUCUCAGGGACUACAUUUCCUACGCGCGUACCUACGUCCAUCCUAACCUGGGUGAUGAGGCUAGCCAGCUCCUGAUCCAAGCCUACGUAGAGAUGAGGAAGAUCGGCAGUGCUAAAGGGAUGGUGUCUGCGUAUCCAAGGCAACUAGAAUCACUGAUCAGAUUGUCAGAGGCUCACGCUCGCAUGAGGUUCUCCAAGGAGGUGGAGAAGGAGGAUGUACAUGAAGGCAAGAGGCUACACUACGAGGCCUUGAAACAGGCUGCCUUUGAUCCACGAGACGGAACCAUCAACAUUGACAUCCUAGCGACUGGCGUUAGCAACACGGCACGCAAGCAGCAGCAGGAAUGUGGUAGUGCUCUUAAGAAACAUAUCGAGGCUAAGGGCAAGGUCGUGAUGCUCAAGUAUCAUCAGCUCUAUGAGGAGUUCAGACAGUCCUCGGAUCUGCCAAUCACGAGAGACAUGUUCGAUGGAGCUCUGAGAAUUCUCCAGGACCAGGACUUCUGUAUCAAGACCAACAAAACCAUCAGGAUCAUCUAAAAACUUAAUCGAUGGACCUUACGGAUCCUUUAUUUGCUCAGGACCAGGACCUCCGUAAUGAUCUGGACUUCCGUAUCAGGACCUUAAGAAUCAUGUGAAAUUAUUUCAGAAGUUCUCUGCUAUCCUUUCAGAUAUUGAGACUAAGCAAGUUCUAUUUAGUCCAAUCAAAGAGUCUAAAAACUCUUUGUAGAUCUCAAAGACACUCUCAUUGUUUUCAUAUUCCUCAAUUAAGACAUCUGUAGCGACAUGUAUUUGUGUGAGUAUAUGCUUAGAUUGUAGGCUGUUAGGGGAAUGGAGCUGCUAAACAAAAGCUGUAUUGAUACUAAAGUAAUGCUUAAGAUAAUAACUUUUAAGUUUCAAGUUAUUUCAAGUUUCUCUAUACUCCCAAAGUGGUCAGGAGAAAACAUCGCUCAGUAAAAAAAGUUCAGUAGCCUUGGAUCAGAGAUGUUGUUUGUUCCAAGAAAGGCAAUUAAUUCUCAUUACCAAGCCCCUUGGAUAGGACUAUGAGCCAUAGGUCAUCUGGUUAUCUUCUAUCAUACACUUUCUUUAUUAUUAGUCAACUAAAUUGAACAUUAAAAUCAAAUUAGGAAUCAACACCUGUCAAUGAUUAAUUUAUGUAAUAUAUUGAUAUCCUUGUGUAAUUUAGAACCUUUAUACAAAUGUUUGUAUAGAUUAUGAUUUGUAUUCUUAUUUGUUAUCCCUUUGGUAGACUAACAAAUGGUUUGUUAUCAAAGAUAUUUCUUUUUUGCCAAGGAUUUUGGAAUACAGUAUAUAUGGCAUGAAGUUUGCAGUUUUAUAUAUGGAAUAGCUGCUUUUAUUUAUUUUGAAGCAUUUUUUGUGAAAAUUAAACAUGACUAUUUUGGUUUCAAGUCAAAGCUUGCAUAUGCUUUGUUGGAGAAAGUGCCUUAAAGGUUGCAUAAAAGUCUUCAUUGUACAGUCACUGUAAUGAAUAUGUUUUUUUUAUUAUUUUCAAAAAGCUCAUAUAUCUGUAAUAUAAAUUUGUUAAUAUUAGUUGAGAAUUUGAUUGUGCUGGAUAUUGUAUACCGGUAGCCUGCUUGGAGCCAGAAGUGCUCUACAUUGUUCUGUACAUAAAAUGCAUUCCUGUGGUAUUUCAGCCUAAACAGGACACAUUAUUUGUUUGGAGCUACAUCAAACUUUGUGUUAAAAUAUACAAGUUACAACCCUUCUGGGUCCAGACAGUAUGUAGUUAUCAAUUGUGAUUGUUUCAUACCAUGUGUAUAAAUGUGUAUAUAGAAUGUUAACAAUAAUUGAUUUGAUAAGUGCUGUGACUUCCAUGGAUUGGUAUACUCAUAUUAAAUAUAGCGGUACAAGAUGUACAUAAACAUUGAUGCUGGUUUAUGAGUGACUUAAAAU